AUGCGCAAAUUCAACCAAAAGCUUAAACCAAACGCCCGUUGGUACUUUGACAAAGGACAUAUUCUGCGGAUACGAAUGCAAUUGUCUCGCAAUGCUCCAACUGCCAUAUAUCUCGCUGGACAUACAGAGGUGCCGAUGACCAAGGGUCCCAGGAGCUAUUGGCCUGUGGGUGUAAACGCUCACACAAAUUACCUCGAAGCAUCGAACGGACAAUUCAAUUACAUUUAUUACGAGGAAAUGCGCCAGCUAUUAUUCGAAGGCCCCCACUUACAAUCGGGACCGCUCCUGUUCAUCACCGAGGUUGCCAUUGCGAUAACUUUCUUCAGAAUUCAGAUGACAUUGUGCAUUUUGCUGCCACCUCUCCUGGAGAGCGUUCGCGUUAUUCAGAGUGGAGCGAUAUUCACUAGGACUCUUUGUGAUAUCAACCCAAGUGAAGCGUUGUCGUUGAGCGAGAUCAUAAAACGACUUAGUGAGAAGAUUACGGAGCAUGGUCAGCGACCAAGGAUUUAUUGUUCGAGGAAAAUGGACGAAGCUCAUUUCUUCAAACAUAUGAGGUUCUAUUAUCCUUGGGCCGACUCUAGUGCUAGUAGUGACUCUAAUUCGAACGCCGGCAGUCUUCGAGGUAUCGAAUUAGUUUCGUCGGCCCACGAGAUCGAAGAGAGUGACUUUUAUGCGGUUGUGAACACGUACCCGACCGAGGAGUGGCUAAAGUUUGACUCCAAUUUCCAACUCAAAUGCGGGAAGAAAGAUACGAAGAAGAUGGCGAGAUGGGCCAGGCAAUUCUACCAUAGCUUAGAGGUUUUAUGGGAUAACCAGAGGCACAAUCACAUUCGGGGCAGGGUUCUACCAGCUACCACUGAAAAUCUACGAGAGCUGCUCGCUAGAAUCGAAUUUCGUGAAGCUCCGACUCUUUUCUACCUAUCUGGACACACAGAAAUCAAGGACCAGGAACGCACUUACUUGACCUCGGAUUGCCUCCAGCACGGAGUCAUAUCGACGGAUAUGACUCUGCGCUACUCGGAAAUGGGCCGUCAAUUGAUGUCACAAGAAUCUUCUCGACCAUUGAUCUGGGUAACCGAGGUUUGUGAUUGCGAUAAUUUCAUGAAACUACCGUAUGUGUAUUGGUGCGAAGAUGGGCAAGUCAAUUGCAAAGAAACCGGUUUCGAUUGGCACUGGGCCGAGACGUAUGCACUCCAUUUUGCAGCGACAUCACCUAACCAGCAUGCAAUUACAUUUGAAGGUAGCUCAGGCGCUGUUUACACAAAUGCGCUACAAAGGGUGGCUUUCGAUCAGGAUUUAUCACUUAGGGACAUCACCCUGGACCUUCAACUCACUAUGAACGAUAUGCUAGGACAAGCACAAUGCAAUCAAACUCAAGAGCACGCAUUUACUCCUCCCAUAGACUCGACCAAGGGGACCUGUUCGCCACUCUUGGGUUUAGCCUGA